AGAGAGAGAAAGACAGCACCCCUUUGUCUCAGAGAAAGAAAUUGUUUCUUUUUAUUUAUUUUUUCAAAUUUUUUAUUAAUUUUAUUUUUUCGCUUUGGGUUGCGAUUGUCUCCUCCGUCCCGUUUCGUUCACCGCUCCUUUCGUUUCAUUUCAUUUCUUUGAUUUUCUCUGAGAGAGAGCGAAGACAGAGAGAGAGAGAGAAAGAGAGAGAGAGAGAAGGGGAAAAAUAACCUAAUCGAAUUUCCCUCUCUUUUCGGGAAAUUUGCGUUGUUUUCGUUUGUAUUUGAAUUGAGGAGCGGAGGAUCUGAGUUAGGGUUUUCAAUCGCAAUUUUUUGAACCGAAUCGAAAUGUUGGUUCGGGAUGCGAUUUCGCGGGAAUUCUAGCUCCGAUCUUUGGGGAAUUGCUCGAAUCUUAGGGUUAAGGAAUGGACGUUGAUUCCUCGAUGGUGCCGGAGGCCGAUCACGAUCCGGCAGCGCAGAACCAUGCCGAGAGAGACCAGCUAGGGGAGUCGCCGUCGUCGCCGCCGUCCGGAGGCGGAUCUCCGGCUCAGUUGCCGGCGCAACAACAGCAACAGCCGCCGCCGGCGACGGCGGCUCAGGUGCAGCACAGUCCGGUGGUUGGUCCGAGGCUCGCGCCGACUUAUUCAGUGGUGAAUGCGAUUUUGGAGAAGAAGGAGGACGGGCCAGGGCCGCGGUGCGGCCACACGUUGACGGCGGUGGCGGCGGUCGGAGAGGAGGGGACGCCAGGGUACAUUGGUCCGAGGUUGAUUUUGUUCGGCGGUGCCACUGCUCUUGAAGGGAAUUCCGCGGCCUCAGGGACUCCUUCGUCCGCUGGAAAUGCUGGCAUACGUUUGGCUGGUGCCACUGCUGAUGUCCACUGUUAUGAUGUCAUAACUAAUAAGUGGUCUAGGAUAACUCCCAUUGGUGAGCCUCCAACUCCAAGGGCUGCACAUGUUGCAACUGCUGUGGGAACAAUGGUAGUUAUUCAGGGUGGCAUUGGGCCUGCUGGUUUGUCUGCAGAGGACCUUCAUGUUCUUGAUCUCACUCAGCAACGACCUCGGUGGCAUAGAGUUGGUGUUCCAGGCCCUGGACCAGGGCCACGCUAUGGACAUGUUAUGGCUUUGGUGGGGCAGAGGUAUCUCAUGGCAAUUGGAGGCAAUGAUGGAAAGAGACCUUUGGCUGAUGUAUGGGCCUUAGACACAGCUGCCAAGCCUUAUGAAUGGCGCAAGUUGGAGCCAGAAGGAGAGGGUCCACCUCCAUGCAUGUAUGCAACUGCUAGUGCACGUUCUGAUGGGCUUCUUCUGCUUUGUGGAGGGAGGGACGCCAAUAGUGUUCCUUUGGCAAGUGCAUAUGGACUUGCUAAGCAUAGAGAUGGUCGUUGGGAAUGGGCCAUUGCCCCUGGUGUCUCACCAUCUCCAAGAUAUCAGCAUGCAGCGGUAUUUGUUAAUGCAAGGCUCCAUGUGUCUGGUGGGGCUCUUGGAGGAGGACGGAUGGUUGAAGAUUCGUCGAGUGUUGCAGUGUUGGAUACUGCUGCUGGUGUUUGGUGUGAUACAAAAUCUGUUGUUACCAGUCCAAGAACGGGUAGAUACAGUGCUGAUGCAGCUGGUGGAGAUGCCUCAGUUGAGUUGACCCGGCGUUGUAGGCAUGCUGCUGCUGCUAUUGGUGACUUGAUUUUUAUUUAUGGUGGUUUACGUGGCGGGGUCUUGCUGGAUGACCUACUUGUUGCUGAAGAUCUUGCUGCUGCUGAAACAACAACUGCUGCAUCACAUGCUGCAGCAGCAGCUGCAUCUAAUGCACAAGCGGGACGACUACCUGGGCGGUAUGGAUUUGUUGAUGAUAGGACAAGGCAAACCAUGCCUGAAGCAGUUCCUGAUGGUUCAGUUGUUUUGGGAAAUCCAGUUGCCCCCCCUGUAAAUGGCGACAUGUAUACCGAUAUCAGCACUGAAAAUGCCAUGCUCCCGGGUUCUCGGCGAACUAGCAAAGGAGUUGAGUAUCUAGUUGAAGCAUCAGCUGCGGAAGCUGAGGCUAUCAGUGCAACACUUGCUGCUGCCAAGGCACGACAAGUGAAUGGUGAAGUUGAGUUGCCUGACCGAGACCGUGGGGCAGAGGCAACACCUAGUGGGAAACAAAUAUCUUCUUUGAUUAAGCCUGAUUCUGUUGGGUCAAAUAGCAUUCCUCCUGGUGGAGUGAGGCUGCAUCACAGAGCUGUGGUUGUUGCUGCAGAGACUGGUGGAGCAUUAGGUGGUAUGGUUAGACAGCUUUCAAUUGAUCAGUUUGAGAAUGAAGGCAGGCGGGUCAGUUAUGGGACUCCGGAAAGUGCAACAGCUGCUAGAAAAUUAUUAGACCGGCAGAUGUCUAUCAAUAGUGUCCCGAAGAAGGUUGUAGCUCACCUCUUAAAGCCUCGCGGGUGGAAACCACCAGUUCGCAGGCAGUUUUUUUUGGACUGCAAUGAAAUUGCAGAUCUCUGUGAUAGUGCAGAACGCAUAUUUUCAAGUGAACCAAGUGUCUUAAAGCUUAGGGCUCCAAUUAAAAUAUUUGGUGAUUUACAUGGACAAUUUGGAGAUCUUAUGCGCCUCUUUGAUGAGUAUGGUGCACCAUCAACUGCUGGUGACAUAGCAUACAUUGACUAUCUAUUCCUCGGAGAUUAUGUUGAUAGGGGCCAACACAGCCUAGAAACUAUUACCCUUUUGCUUGCUCUGAAGGUUGAGUAUCCGAACAAUGUACAUUUAAUACGGGGAAACCAUGAAGCUGCAGAUAUUAAUGCCCUUUUUGGUUUCCGAAUUGAAUGCAUUGAGAGGAUGGGUGAGAGAGAUGGAAUUUGGGCAUGGCACCGUAUAAAUCGUCUGUUUAAUUGGCUUCCUCUGGCAGCACUAAUUGAGAAAAAAAUUAUUUGCAUGCAUGGGGGUAUUGGUCGUUCAAUAAACCAUGUGGAACAAAUUGAGAAUAUUCAGCGCCCAAUUACGAUGGAAGCAGGAUCAAUUGUGCUUAUGGAUCUAUUGUGGUCUGAUCCUACAGAGAAUGACAGUGUGGAAGGUCUGCGGCCAAAUGCCAGGGGUCCAGGAUUAGUUACUUUUGGGCCUGAUCGUGUCAUGGAAUUUUGCAACAACAAUGAUCUUCAGCUGAUUGUUCGUGCGCACGAAUGUGUGAUGGAUGGCUUUGAGCGUUUUGCCCAGGGACAUUUGAUCACACUUUUCUCUGCUACAAACUACUGCGGUACCGCAAAUAAUGCUGGGGCGAUAUUAGUUUUGGGUAGAGAUCUUGUUGUGGUUCCUAAAUUGAUUCAUCCGUUACCACCUGCAAUUUCUUCACCAGAAACGUCACCGGAUCAUAUCGAGGAUACAUGGAUGCAGGAGUUGAAUGCUAACAGACCACCAACACCAACUAGAGGCCGUCCUCAAGUAGCAAAUGACCGAGGUUCUCUUGCUUGGAUAUAGUGACUAUUAAGAGUGCCCUAUUGUUUAUGCCUUGACGGCUUGUGCUAUCGCCUGAAUUUCCGGUGUUACAUAUAUAGCAUGAUGCCAUUUACGGGGUAUUCGAGCUUGUGAUCUAAUACCCGUAGAAAGCUUGAAGACCAAGCUUUUCUUUGUCCUGGAAUCAUCUGGCCUAUAGAAGAUACAGCAAGUUCGAGAAGCAAAGUUGGUAGCAAUGCUAGGAUCACUUUGACAAUGCUAGAAGUUGCAGUCUGGGUUCCCAUCCACCUGUUGUAAAUUGAGCCGUAGGUACAAAAAUCAAGGUCAUGGAUUGUCAGUGCUGGCUAUUUUUCUCAUUUUUUUUUUACAUAUUUUUUACUCAUCGUCCCUAGGUUAUUAUUGUUUUUUUUUUUAAUUUAUAUUUCAAAUCAAGAGGACAAGGGUUUUUCUUUUUUCUUUUUUCCCUGUGAUGGUGAGAUAUAUAAAUCAGAAAUCUUUCUUGGGGGUCCAUGUAUCAUAGGUUUUGCUUUGUGUAAUUCCCAUCCAUGCGCUGUACAACUAAUUUUUGUGUGAAUCGACAUAUUCUGACAGAAAUGUGAAUUUUGAGAAUAGAAUUUUGUAUAUUGCCUUAUGCUGCAAA